AGAGAAAGGGGUGAAGACACAGUGAAAGGUGCCACUAAAAUAACAAGCUUCACAGGAUUUAAAGGAAGAGGGGAAAAAGGCAUAUGAAAUAAUAUAAUGUCUUGAAAGACAGGAGAAAAUCUGGAUUCCCUCUAUGUCUUUUUUUGUGAGAGCCAAGGAGUUUCAAGAGGGCCUUUAUCCUUUUACAUUCCUGUCUUUCAUCAUGGUUGACCUUUUCCUAAACCGAGUUCUCAUCGAGAACAACUGGGACCAAGACGAACUCAACACUGAGCGUGAGAUCAUGGGGAUUCUCGAAAAUCGCAUCGUCAUGCUGUUCUUUGCAUCUGCUGAAUGUGAAAAGUGCCUGGAGUUUGUGCCUGUUCUGAACGACUUCUUUAAGAGACUGAAAGAUCCAGCAUACAUCGAAUACCCGAAACUGCUCGCACUCAUCUACAUCAGUUUGGACCAAUCAGAGGAGAAACAGGAAAAAUUCCUCAAAGAGCUGCACAAAAAAGUUCUGUUUCUGGCCUUUGAGGACCCGUACAGGAAGGAACUGCAGACCAUGUUUAAAGUGAAGGAUGUACCAACAAUAGUGGUCCUGCGUCCCGACGGCUCUGUCCUCUCUCCAAAUGCUGUGCGGGACAUCUGUCGUUUCGGCUGUGACUGUUUCCAAAACUGGCAGGAAUCGGCUGAGCUUGUUGAAAGGAGCUUCAUGCUCAACGAGGAGUUUGACAACCUUAACUUGCGCAGUGCCACUGACCCUGUGAGGAGGCUCAAGUACAAGACAGAGGACGACAAACGCAAAAAGAGAUGGUGGAAGUUAUGGGGGAAGGGAAAAGAUGGAAAUGAAGAGGAAGAGGAGAAAGAUGGAGCGUGGGAUACCAAGAGAAAUGAGGGAGAUAACAAUACCUGGAGGAUAAGAUGAGGAAAACAUAUAUCAUAUAAUAUAUUCUGUAUGCUAUCACUCAGACAUUUAGGAGAAAUAUUUUUUUUUAGAAAGAAAUUUUUAUCUGCUGUUCCAGAAAAUUUAUCAGAAAUGUUAUCAAGAUUAACUGCUAUAAUUCAUAAUUAGGAAUUUAUGAUUUUCAGUCGCAUGCAGUGGUACAGUACUAAGGUCAUGGGUUUGAAUGCAGCCUAUGUGGAGCUUGCAUGCUCUCUCUGUGUUUGGGUGGUCUGGCUUUCUCCCACACUCCAAAGACAUGAGUGGGUUUAGGUUAAUUUGUGAAUCUAAAUUCCCUGUGAGUGUGAAUGCUUGCCUGUCUCUAUGCGUUAGCUGUGCAAUAAAUUGCUGACCUGUCCAGGGUGUACCCUGUUAUAGCUGGGACUGGCUACAGCCCCCUCAUGAUCCUGAAUAUGGAUACCAAAGAGAAGAUGGAUGGAUGUAUGAAUAAUAACCGUGGACUGUUUUUUCAACAACCAUCAGUCUUUGUUUUUGAGUUAAAGUUUAUUUUACCUGUUUUUCUUGGUGUGCCAUAUAUAUAUAUAUAUGUAUAUGUAUGUGUAUAUAUAUAUAUAUACACAUACAUAUCUGUAUAUGUAUUGAGCAUAUAAAUUAAGAGGUUUUUUAAGUGGGGAAAUGGGGAAAAAAAAAACCUCAGAUUUUUUUCAUACUGUGUGCACUAAUCCUUUUACAAACCAGCACAAUCUGGCUCUGCGAGGUGUUUUUUCUCAAGCCAAAGACACUAAUGCAGUUGUCGUCUUGCACAGUUUUGCACUCUGGCUUCCAGCUUCUCUUUCUAAUCAAGUUAGAACCAUCUUGGGAUCUUCUUUGUAGGGUUAGAUUGGUGCACGCUAUUGUAGGGAACAGUACAGUUUUGUUUUUUUGUUAAUUUCCUGAGUGGAAUAGCCUUCAUUUCCUAGAACAAGAAUAAUCUGUUGCGCUUCCAAAGAGUUUCUUUUUAUUAACCAUUUUGAGACUCACUUUAAUGUUGCAUAAGAUGAAAACAAAUUUCCUUUUCUUAAAAAAAACAAACAAAAACAAGCAGAGAGCAGAUGUAGGCUAUAAAGCAGACUGUUUGAAACUAACAUCUACUAUUACUGCUCAUCUGUUGUUGUGGAUACCUACUGUAUAUGUUGAUGGUGUUUUUUCUUUUUUUAUAUUUUGUUGCUAUUAUUCAGUUGGUGAUAUUCACUACCACAAGAGAUGCCACUGUUUUUAUUCAGAAAAUACAAACAUGUACAAACCAAUCCUGCCUAAAUAUGUGAGUAUCGAUCCCCAGGAUUCCAAUCUAAAGCUCUACAAAUCAAUACCUCCUUAUUGACUUAGGAUCAAAUUACUGUGUAUAGCAAGAGAGGACUCACGUGUGUACUGGCUACUCCAGCUGUGCAACUCUACAGACUUGUUUCUUUCUGCUUUUCUUCCCUCUUCUUUACCCUUUCUACUGGCAAUAUAAUUCUUCUGGCAAAGUAAUUCAAGACAUAUCAGCUCCAUUUCCAGCAGCAUCAGGCAGCUGUUUUCUGAGCAAAUAAUCAGUGGAUUGUACGUGUGCUGCUCAGCAUGAUAAAGAAACAAGACUAGAAACUAGCUGGUGAAAGAAGUCCAGCUUUCUGCAGAUAACAGUCAAGAUAUAAUAUUUUCUCACUGGAGAGGGGAGGCAAAAGUGAAUGCUAAAAACAGGUAACAGGCUUAAAUUAAUCAGAUACAGAGACUGAUAUCUGCUGGAUAUGUAAACAGGCAACUAUUUUCAACCACACUGUUUUUUUGAAUAAUAUUUGGACAAAAAAACCCUAAAAAUAUACAUGUAACUGCAUUUUUUGGCUACAUUUAGGUGCUGGCGCCUGCUUGUUUUGUAACUGAAAUUAAUGUAUUGUCAGUGUGUUAUUUACUUUCAUAACACUGUUAUUUGUCUUUACUAUUCUUUAUUAACUACAUCUCCUCAGAGUUUGCACUUUGUUAUUGCAUAGUUAAAUGUGAAUUGUAUGCUCUCCAAAAUCAUUAAAUUCUCUAUUCUUUUAAUAUAAACAGUGCCUGUAUCACUGCUGUGCUUUCAUGGCCAUAUUGUAGUGUUCCCAGUAGAGCAAAUCAAACUAUCACUACGCACAUAUUCCCUGCGGUUCUGCUAUUCCAUUAGUUACUGAAUAUUAAAGGUCUCACAGUGGCUCACUUCA